UUAAACACAAAACAAAUAUAUAAUAUGUAUUUACAUUUUUACAAAAAUAUGUGUUAUCAAUACAAGAAGAAAAUUGUUAAUAAUGAUAUCACUUUGAAAUUGUUUAAAAUUAGUCUAAUACGAAAAACAUUGCAAUUAACAAGAAGUUUGUUAUUGUAUGAUAAAGCGUAGCAUUGUGUCCGUAAAGUGAUUACCAUUAAUAAAACAAAUAGUUAAAUGUUAUAAAAUAUUAUAAAAUUAAAUAGAGGAAAAAGAAGAUGACAAAUUAAUAAUUUUUAUACCAAAAUAAUGUAACAAUUUUAUUAUCAUGUAAUAAAUUUGUUUAUUCAUAAAGAAGGUACAUUAUAAUUUAAAUUAACUUCUCGUCUUGGAAAUUGACGAAAUUGCCAUAUCCCAGAAAAAAAUCUACAUUUAUUUAAAUUUUUAAUUACUUAACACUUCAAUUUUUAUAGAUAUAAUGAUCAAGGCUUUAGGAAAUUAAUCUAAAAAAAGAUUAAUAUUUUCACAUCCUCACAGAAAUUAAUAAAAAUCGACGUAUUAUGUAUAUAUAUAUAUAUAUUAAUAUGAAAAACGGAAUCGAAGAAACAUAUUUCCGUAAAAAAAUCACGAACUUGAAGAAAUAUUGCAAGUACGUGGAACUUUGAAAGAAUUAUGUUGAAAAAUAAAGAAUGUUAUAAAAAUUGUUGUCCUUAAUAUCAAACCAAGUUAUUUAUCAAAUCACCCAUGCAUAUAUUAAAUUAUUAGAAGAAUAUUAUCACCACAUGCCUAAUCGAAUCGAUAGAACACGAAAUAUAGGAAGAUGAUAUAAAAUCAGAUAGAAUUAUAUAGUUACAUAUUAUAAUAUAUAAAAACUUUACUUGAAUAAAAAAUUAUUAACUUUCUUAGUGUACGCGGAAGUAUUUCACAUAUGUUAAAAUGUCGAUUCACGAUAACAAAAAUGACAUUCAUUAAGAAUUUAAAAAUAAUUACUUUAAUGGUAUAAUUUAAAAAAUAAUAUAUGACAAACAUAAGGAAGUUUUUAACAAGUUAAAUACAUGACAAUAUAUUUCUUUAGGAAUACUUCAUUCACAUAAGUUGAUCUUACUUAAAGUGAAGGAGUCGUUCAUCAUUUCUUAAUAGCUUAGUAUUUUCAUAUAUCAAGUCGUAUUGCGCUUAACUGUAACAAUGCGGGUGCUGUACGUAUUUCUAUUGUCAAUUCUCAUCGGAUGUGUUUUUGGACGAACAAUUAAUGAUAUAAAUUCAGAAGGAUUGUCCAAUGAAUCUAUUAGUUCAAGUGAGGAAUCACUAAAUAAAGAAACCUCAGAAUUAAGUAACGAAGAAUCAGAAAGAUGCAAACCAACUACUGGUACUUCUACUAUUGGUGGCUACAUGUUGCCUGGCAGUUCAAUUGGCGGACUCAGUAGUGGAAUAUUGUCAAACAGCAUAAUAGGAAGAUUUAUACAUCGCAUAGCUUCUUGGAUUUUAUGAUUGAUUUUUAAAUAAAAAAAUAAAAGAAAUAUCAUGAGGAACAACUUCUGUCAACAUUAUAAUGCAUUACACUUUAUCUAUGGCACAAUUAUUACUUUAUCUAUAAAAACUGCACUUAUUACUUAUAUUUUAUUGAUCUUUAGUAUAUAACCUUUUAGAUAAACACACUAAAUUUUUUAAUUAUUAAAAAAAAUUAUGAAAAUGCAUUUUUACAUAUAUAAUAAAUAAAUAAUAUAUUAAACAAUUAUUAU